AGCGAUGCCGUCAUGAUCAGCCCUUUCUGGGUGGUGUGUCGGGACAUAUUCCGGUCAAUCGUGUACUGGCGAUUCAUGUUGAAUUACACACUCGUUUCUCCGACGGGAAACACAAGUUCAUCCAAUAAUGAAGUUCAUUAUAAAUAUGGACACAUUCGCCAAAUAUAUAUCCAUUUUACGAAACAAAGAGAUGUUGUGCCUGAACUACUCGAUUAAUAAUCUCGACUCGACGGAGACGUUAUAUAGUCGUAUUCGUUACGAAGACUUUGCCAUUGGUCACCAUACUAUUGUGGAAAUCGUCAGGAGCCGCGUUGACGGUUUGGGAACCCCAAACACCGACACCAUGAUGUUGGCCGCCAACUCGACGAACUGGGACAAUUUUCUUGCACGUAUGUUCUUCGAUCCCAGCUCACAUUGGGGAUUAGGGGACAUUUCAGGAAACUCCGGAAGCAUCGUGUCUCGGAUCACACUUACAUCGGAGUCCGAUUUCGACUUUACAGCCAUCCACAUGAGAUCGGAUGGCAAUGAUAACGAUGGUCUAGGAACAGCCCUGAGUCAGUUUGGGGAGAACAAAGAUGCGUCGUGUGUAUUUGAUGCACUCAUUACGACCGCCAAAUUGGUAUCGAACCUCAUACUUUCGCACAACGGCGUCCGAGCAAAAAAGUGUGGCAAUGUACUGCCCGAUAUUCUAGUGCCACUAAUCCAGCGUGAGAAAGAAAAGUAUCUGGAGUCGGACGGUCGUAAUGGACUUUUGACGAAUCUGGCUGAUCGAGCCAAUAUUUCAAUCAUUCUAGUGACCAUUAACUCGAAAAGAUUGAUGCAUGUCAACCCGACGAGGAAGAAUAUGGCGGCAGUAUCAUGGACGUCCCAAGAAUUACAGAACAGGGAGAUGUCGAGCAAACACGUUCCCAAUCGGCACCGUGUCUUCAACAUCGACUUCAAUCGGGUGACGCACAUGAACAUGUCUCUGCGUGCCUAUAGGGAUCAUGUCGUGUGGACGACGCAUCGCGAAGUCACCGGAGAGGACUUGGAGACUUUGAUGCGCAAACAUGUCGAAGAUCCGUGGUCCAACCAAAUAAAUGCCAUCAACCGCCGAGGCGGACAACUGGCGGCCGUAUAUUUCAAGAAUAUUUGGCUCACCAAGGAGCUUACCGAUAUAAGCCUCGCCAAGAUCAAGAUGCAGUGCCUGGAAGUCCGCCUGGGUGGACACGUAGCCGAGUUUGUGAAACUGGCAUGCACGGACUUUCUAAGCUGGAACAUGACCGGCAUGGACGACAUGGACUGGACCACUCGGCCCACGGAAUUAAUUUAGUCUAAAAUAUCAAG